AUGUCUUCUACCCACUUUCUCCUCCUCCUCCUCCUCCUCCUUCUUCUUCUUCUUCUUCUUCUUCUUAACCUCCUCCUCCUUCUAUCCCCUUCUAUUUCUCCGUCCUUCUUUCCACCUUCUACUCCAAAUUCUUCUUCUUCUUCCAAUCGCUUUGCUGCCUUUUCUUUUUUUCGAUUCAUGAUCGUUUUUCUUGUCUAUGUUUUGGUUUAUGGUUAUUUAUUGGUUAUUAUUCAAUUUAAUUCUUUAUUUCUUUUUCUUUUUCUAAGCUUCAUUUCUUAUUUUUCUUUUCUUUUUUUGCUCGCAAGUCUUCUUUCUCUUUUUUACCUUUAUUUACCUUCUCUUUUUGUCUUCCUUAUUUUGAUUUCUUUCCUUUACUUUUAUUUUUCUUCUCUUUCUUACCUAUGUAUCUUUGAUUUCUUCUUCUUUUCUUCUUCUUUCUAUUCUUUCCUCCCGUUCGACCACGCCCAUUACUUUCUAUCCUACAAACAACCGCCUUCUUAUUCUGAACUCCUUAACUUGAAUUCUUUUUGUUUCGCAUAUGAAAUUUGGAUCUCACCCUCAUCCCAGCACCUCACAGACACACCCACAGCACUUCGCUCCACUCAUACACCGUACGUAACUAUCUUUUCUUUGCUUUUUGUGGGGGGGGGGAGUAGUUAUGUAAUUUUCUCUAUUCCUUUCUCUCGUCUUCUUUCUACUUCUGUCUUUCAUUCUCACCUCAACUUCAAUCUCCCAUUCUCUAACUUCUUGCCUCUCUACUUCUCUCUUCAUCUCUAUCACCCCUCUCUCUCCCUCUCCUUUCUCUCUCUCUCCCUCUCCUUUCUCUCUCUCUCUCUCUCGCCCUAUCCCAUUCCUUCUAUCUUUGACGGUUCUUUUUCUUUCUUUUAUACCAAUUUAUGCUUCCAUUCUCUCCCCUCUUUCUCUAUUUCUCUCUUCCCUUUUCUUCCUUCUCUCAUCUUUUCCCACUUUCAUCGUUCCAGACUACCGCCAUUUUCUUUGGCUUUCUCUAUGAAUCAAUCGUUAUUAAUGACAUCCUUUCUCUUUGUUUGUUUGUUUCUUUCUUUCUGUCUUUCUUUGUUUCUUUCUUUGUUUCUAUCUUUCUUUCUUUCUUUCCUUUCCUUUCCUUUCCUCCUUCCUUCCUUCCUUUGUUUAUUUUUCUUCCUGUUUUCCUUUUUAUCUGCCUUUUCUUAA